AUGAGUGAACAAGAGAAUACAAAUAUCAGCGAAGUAGAGGCUGUGGCAGCGGACGACAAAGGAGAGGAAACCGACGAUGCCCAGCUGGAUGGCGACGACGAGCGUGAACAUGUGGCUAUGUCGGUAGACAUUAUUACUGAUUACGAUGACGGGGAGGAAGACGAAGUCAGCAUCAUGGAGGAUCCCACCGAAAACCACGACGACGAAGAUGAUAUAACAGUCAAGUCAACAGGAACGGACGACGAAAUGGCGUCAACGAGCUCACCAAAACCACCAAAAAGUGUGUCGACUCCGGAAAACAAAAGCGGAAAGCGAUCACCAAGGCGAUCGUCGGUGACAGGAAGUUCGGCGAAGAAAGGACGAACGCCUUCAGUCGCUGGAUUAACCAUACCCUUCCGUACCGUCAAGAAAGCGAUGAAACUGGACCCUGACAUUCCGAUUGUUCAAAAUGAGGCUGCAAUCAUGACCACGGUUGCAGCCGAGCUUUUCUUGAAGCGACUAGCAAAAGAAAGCCACCGCAACGCCAAAAACAGAGGGCGGAAUACAAUUCGUUAUGAAGAUGUAGCUGAGGCUCGAACAAAGAGUUCUGCUUUGGCGUUUUUGGAAACUUUACUUCCUUGAACCUUUUUGGGAAGAUAUUCGCAAAGUGCUUACAUCUUUGCAAUAGAUUACGUACGUUAAUUCUCAUGACAACUAUUC